CUGAGCCUGCCACACGCAUUCGGAUUAUUGACAUACUUUGCUCUUGUUCAAGUUGUAGAAUUUUCUGACUCGUAGUGGAGCCUCAAAUUGCUACAACUUGAACUGUGACUUUGACUUUGACUCCAACUUUAACCAUGCAUCAUCCUUUCAAAAGGUCAAAACGCUCGCGAGAAACGACAGAUUCUUCGUCGUAUCGAGCGAAUUUGCCGUCUCCAAAGUCAGAACAACGGCAUCGCGGUCCAAUUCAGCUGCCUUCAUCCAACUUUCUACAGUUUGUUGGUUUUAUCAUUGCAAUUCUCAUAACCGGCACUCUCUACAUUUCGCUGUCAAAAUCAGCGUCACGACGUACAGGGAUGUCACCUACUCCAUCGAACACCACAAAUUUCGGAAUAGGUUCAACUCGAGUACGUUCACCGCCACCAAAAGUGAUUGACCGAACUGUUCUUCAUGUCCUUCAUGAUACCCACGAACCCAAUGAUCAUCACGAUUUAUCUCCCCCGACAGUCUCACGACCCCAUCUCAAAUGGCCCCCAAUUGUCACCAGAAUUCCUGAGUCUAAGGGUGUUUCAGAACUUGAACAUACAGGUGCUCACGCUCCUAGUAUACUGACAGCUCCAGCUGCUGACGCCGUCAAAUCCGAUGAAUCAAUUUGUGGUUCAUUCCCUUGUCGAUUUCUUCUUCCCCUUCGUAUCGCCGAGCAAGAACCGAAAGCCCAUCUGCAUCUGCAUCAACUAGCUAUUCUCGCAAGUAGUUUGAAUCGCACUCUCGUUCUCCCGAAUGUAGGCAAUAAUCGCAUAGGGGCGUGCUCCAAAUGGCCAUUCAAUUCAUAUUACGACGUGGACCUGUUCAGAAGCGCCCUCCCCGCUAUCAACACUUUGCCUUUCACUGUAUUUAACAGUUGGAGCGAAACGCGUCCCGUCUUACCUACAAGCAGAGUCGUAUCUUUCAGCGUCAGCGAACGGGAUUCACUGCCCAAUCCUCUCACUGACGACGACUUCACCAUCGAUUAUGGCCUCGCAGACCACAAGGUCGCUUCCUGCCUACACUCCAAAUUUCCUAGACUUCACCAAAGCUCCUCUAUAAUCUCCUUCAGGUUCUACCACAACAAUCUAAUCAGACCAUCAAUGAGCCAGCGUCUUAUCCAGACUCUCUCAGAGGCUGUGGACGCCGUGGAAUAUUUCUCAGACGAGCUUGCCGCGCUCCGGAAAUCUGACGUGUUAGCCAUCGAGUGGGAUCUGCGCCACCCGAUCUUCCCUGAGCCCAAUAUAGACCUGCAGUACUCCCAUGCGCUUGUUGAGGUUGCGGAAAGAUUAGCAAGCUUCGCAGGACCCUACACCGCGGUGCAUUGGCAACUAGAACGCGUCCCGGUGGAAAACCUUGCGUGGUGUGCGGCAUCGCUUGUCUCUACCCUUCGUUCAGUGCUCGACGACGAUGACUCGGGGCCUCAGCUGGUCUGGUUUGCUACCGACUAUCACACCCUUUCAGAACAGCCAAGCAGUGUGAAGACUAAGAGCGCGAGAUCUGGGACUUUCCAGGCUGUUAAGCCCGAGCAUGAGGAAGCCAUGAACAUCAUUCAGGAUGCAUUUCAGACGGGUGGUGAUUUAGAAGGAUAUGUCAUAACCGAGCUUCCAUCGCAGAUAAAAAGGUUGAGAAUAUUUGAGGGGAACGUUCAGUUUGAAGAAGAGGUUCUGGAGGACUCAGGAGUUUCAGGCAUCCUGGACAAGUUGGUGUCGAUGCAGUCUCAGGUGUUUGUCAGUGGGUCCAAGGCUUGCAGUAAGACAAGUUCCUCUUCGAAGCAAAUAGUCGACUUCCGAGAGAGCGUGAUGAGGGAUAAGGAAAUUGUUCUGGACAUCCGCAACGUCGUGGAGUUAUUUGGAGAAUGGUAGGGAGCUUAGUUCCUGAAGUUGAAGUGGACAAAUGAGAAGGAACGCGAAGGAAAGCAUAGUAUAAUCAUGCAUAGAACAUGCU